UGCUCGGCAGGCUGGAGCGACAACAUGCCCUUGCCGAGGCGCCGGUCGUCUUUCCUGGGGCAGCAGCCCUCUACCUCCACGGCGGAGAGCUCGGGGCCGCCCGGCCGCCGGGUGAGCGUCGGAGGUGGAGGGAGCCUGUCGAGACCCCCCGGAGUCUACGUGGGCACCGUUCCCACCGGCGGCGUGAGCAGCCUGGGCACCCGAGUGUCCCGUAGAGCCCUGGGCAUCAGCAGCGUCUUCCUCCAGGGUCUCCGCAGCUCCGCCGCCGCCGUGCCCCUGGCCCCGGGGCUGGAUAAGGGCAGAGGUCUCUCCUACGAAAGCCUGAAUGGCUGCUUGGUGGAGUACAUCGAGAAGGUGCGAGCCCUCGAGCAGGUCAACCAGGAGCUGGAGGAGCACAUCAGAGUCUACCUGGACAAGAAGGCGGCCAGCGUGGGCAGCUGGGGAGCGCUGCGGGAGAACUGGGAGGCGAUUUACCACCAGGUGGGUGAAGCAGUCCUUGAAAAUGCUCGUCUUAUGCUGCACACUGAGAAUAUUCAAGCCUGUGCUGAAGAUUUUAAAGACAGGUAUGAAAAUGAACAGCCAUUCAGAAAGGCAGUGGAAGAUGAAAUUAAUUCCCUAUAUAAAGUGAUUGAUGAUGCUAAUUUAACUAAAAUGGAUCUGGAGAGUCAGAUAGAAAGUAUGAAGGAAGAACUAACUUUGCUAUCAAAGAAUCAUGAAGAAGAUGUGAAGGUAUUAUACAAGCAGCUUGCUGGAUCUCAGCUGGAAGAACUUGAUGUUCCCCUGGGAAGUGGCCUGGAUGACAUUCUGGAAAAAAUCAGAAUUCACUGGGAGAGAGACAUUGAAAAGAAUCGUGCUGAGACAGGUGCCCUGCUCCGUACCAAGCAACAGGCUGAGACAAUGGCUGCCAUGCGAACCCAGGAGGAAGAGCUGGUGGAGGGCCUCAGAACCGAGUUCCACGAAACUGCCUGCAAAAUACAGAGCUUGCAAGCAGAAACCGAAUCUUUGAGAACCUUGAAGAGGGGUCUGGAGAACUCUUUAUAUGACGCCAAGCACUGGCAUGACAUCGAACUGCAGAACCUAGGGUCUGUCAUUUCCAAGCUGGAGGCAGAGAUGGGAGAAAUCAAAGUAGAAACCGAGCAGCAGCAGAGGGAUCGUGAAAACCUGCUGACUAGCAAACAACAGCUGGAGAAAGACAUUGCUGCAUAUCACUGCCUCCUGGAUGGAGAGCAAAGCAGGUACUUGUCCUUAAAAGGGUGGAUAACAUGCUCCCUGGGAAGGCGUUGUGAAGUUGCUGGAAGCAGGAGGACUGGGGUGCUUCUCAUGUUUCAUAAGGCUGGCUGGUAGAUCAUGAGGUUUGGAG